AUGGCCGACGCUGGAUAUCCACCAACGCCUUACUACUGUAUCACAGAAGCUCGCUGUAGACUCUGCCAAUUCUCACUACAAGAUGGAGAGACCAUUGUCGCAGAUAUUGGCGACAACGGAGUUUCCUGCGAGUUUUCGUUCCACCGACGCACAACCUUCUACGACGAUGAGCUCGAUAUCAAACUGCACAUGUGCCUCGCGAAAAAAUGCAGGUCCCGUACGAAAGCCAUAGUAUGCUUCCACAGCAGCUGCUAUGAAUUCCGCUUCCGCGCGAUAACGCCCGCCUUCCUCGCCGCUACAGACUACACUUUUCCUCCACCGUUGACUGAGGAGCGUCGACGAACUCAGUAUAUCCGACAAUCUCUCACUUACAGCCUGCAACAAGCAAAGUUCUGGCCUCGAGAGAUUCCCCUAGAACUUUGUGCCAUGGUUGUUAGUCUUCUCUUGCAAGAUUGCGCCGCCCUCACAUCACAAGAGCAAGUGGAUAGGUGCAACAGUGACGUUGCUACAGAUGUUACCUUGGAUCUCAAUCGACCUAUAUACGCAACGUAUGUAAAAAUCGACGGUCGAUCCUAUAUCAAGGCCCUCGGGGACGAGCCUCGAAACAGCACCAAAGGGCAACUGACAAUCCGAUUGUCGCCCCCCAUACAAGACCGAAAAGCGGACAAAGACAUCUUUGUAGCAAAGGAUCAUCUCGGCAUCCGUCGAAUUUUCUUUGUCUCGCCUAGACACGUCGAACAAUGGUGUCGCACUCCUCCAAGUGUACCAGGCGCGUGGUGGGAACACUUGCCUCAGUGUGAUAUUCCCUCAACCAUGGUAUUUAAGACUGAUGGUUUCAAAUUCCGUGGCAUCCAAGGUCUGCAAAACAAGUCCCCCGCCUGGCAACUUCCAGUUUCCACACAACCCCCCCUAAUUGAUCUGUUAUCGCUGGAGGCGCCGAAAGAAUGCCCAAACGGCCUGCGUAUGCGCUUUUUUGACUGCAAUUCGCCCGAUGCUAUUGGAUACUUUGUGGCUACUGACGGAGCCAGGACAUUCAGUGUCUUGUCCCAUAAGCGAGGCCAAGAAGUGGAGACAAGUUUGUUCAAAGAAAUCGAUAGCCCUAUCUGCUUUUGGAUGUACAUGCCUAUCAGCGAGGAUGAAUAUCUUACCGAUAUCUGUAGGCGGGCAGGGCAUUUAAUACUUCGGAUUGACACUCUGGGGUUAACAUUCACCACAAAUCGAGGACGCACCGCCGUAUUCGGACUCUACGGACAUGCCAGUGUUAACAUACAGCGCGUUGCUGCCAUACCUCGCAGACCAUCCCGUAUCUAUUACAAUCAACCCGAUGCCCGUGGCACACGCAACGCAGACUUUAUUGCUCUAGAGAACAGUGAUACCACCACCCAAGACAACAUUCCAAAAAUGCCUGUGUCUGUCUCUCCUUGUCCCGACACGCAUGGCAACGAAAUCUGGGUACACACCUCGUGCAACAUGCGACGCCUGACCGGUAUUCAACCAUGCAUCAAUACCUCUGCCUCUCACCGACCGGUUGUUGGGAUGCUUCUCUAUUACCAUGACGGUCACCGUGAAUCUAUUGGUCAGUUCCGCCUGGACUGGAGUAUCAAACCUAUUGCAGUUGGCGAAACCGAUAAGUUGUACAUUUCCGGUAAAAGGAUGAAGAAAAGCUGGGGUUAUGUGGCGAGUGUCACGACCCAGGCGCCCCUCGAUCGAGGAGUAGACUGUUGGCUUGAUGUUCCGCAAGUUGGAGUUUUGGAGUGGUGGUUCUCAUCUCGACACAGUGUUCUCUUUUAUGACAACGUUCGGCUCAAUUAA